AUGGCCAUGAGAGGAGUAGUAAUAGCCAAAAUAAAAAUGGCUAUGGUUCUUCUCAUUCCAUUGAUAGUGUUCUCCUUUGUUUUCAGCAUAUCAAGCGCGUCUUUCUCACCUCAACCAGGAAUCUGCUACGGUCAACUUGGCAACAACCUUCCACCGCCAUGGAAUUCAGUGAAACUCAUAAACUCCCUGAAAGCAAAGCGCGUGAAAAUCUACGACGCUAACCCAGAGAUUCUCAAUGCUCUGAAGAACACAAACCUCCAAGUCUCUAUCAUGGUACCCAACGAACUCAUCUCCAACAUCUCUUCCAACCAAACACUCUCAGACCAAUGGGUUCACAACAACGUUGUACCCUUUCACCCACACACCCUCAUUCGCUACCUCCUCGUAGGUAACGAAAUCAUAAGCAGCACAAACAACGAAACAUGGUUCAAUCUUGUUCCCGCAAUGCGUAGGAUCAAGCACUCUCUUAGAACCUUCGGGAUCCGUAAGGUUAAAGUUGGAACCUCUUCCGCCAUGGAUGUGUUGGAAGCUUCGUUCCCACCCUCAAACGGUGCGUUUCGUGAAGAUAUAGCGGGUCGGGUCAUGAAACCCAUGCUUGAGUUCUUGGAUCGGUCUAAGUCUUUCUUUUUCUUAGAUGUUUAUCCCUUUUUCGCUUGGGUUUCGGAUCCUGUUAAUAUUAACUUGGAUUAUGCGUUGUUUGAGUCGAAGAAUAUUACGGUUACGGAUCCGGGUACGGGUCUGGUUUAUACGAACCUGUUCGACCAGAUGGUGGAUGCUGUUUAUUUCGCGAUGAAGAGGCUCGGGUUUCCGGGUGUUCGGAUAUUCAUUGCGGAAACGGGUUGGCCCAAUGGAGGGGACAUUGACCAGAUCGGAGCUAAUAUUUACAAUGCUGCCACUUACAAUCGGAACUUCGUGAAGAAGGUUAUGAAAAAACCGGCCGUUGGGACUCCGGCUCGACCGGGUUGGGUUCUUCCGUCGUUUAUAUUCGCGUUGUUUAAUGAGAACCAGAAACCGGGUCCGGGCACGGAACGGCAUUUCGGGUUGCUGUACCCGAAUGGGUCGAGGGUUUAUGACAUUGACCUCUCCGGGAAGACGCUGGAGUCUGAGUUCAGGCCGUUGCCUCUGCCGGAGAAUAACGCGCCGUUCAAGGGAAAGAUAUGGUGCGUGGCGGUACGUGGGAGUAAUGCGACGGCGCUGGCUGCGGCUUUGUCGUACGCAUGCUCGCAGGGGAACAACACCUGCGACCCGAUCCGACCCGGGAAACCGUGUUUUAAACCCGAUUCACUUUUCUGGCACGCGAGCUAUGCGUUUAGUUCGUAUUGGACGCAGUUUAGGAAGUCAGGUGGGACUUGUUACUUCAAUGGGCUUGCCACGCAAACUGCAAAGGAUCCAAGUUAUGGAUCUUGCAAGUUCCCAAGUGUGACACUUUAA